UGCUGCUGAUGAGACGCUUCUCGCCUUGUGGGAAGAUCUAGAACGAUGGAGGGUGCCCGACUGAAAUGGAGGAGGACCACCACAGCCGCACUGCUGGGCCUCCUGCCCUUCACCCUUCUUAUCCCAGGGGCUUUUGCCUUGCGGUGCCAUAGCAGUGCCUUCAUCGGGCCUGUUUCCAGAGAUCCGAUCGGCCAUGAAUUGUCAUUAGGCAUCUUCAGCAACUGCUCCUCCAGUGAAAAUGCGUGCGCAGAGGCAAUUCUGGUGCUCAGCACAGGAGAAACGGCACUGUUAGUUGCUUACCGAGGCUGCGCCACUGAGAGACUUAAAACCGAGACAGGAUCCUCCACCUCUGGCCAUCAGCACCUCACAGUUCAUUCCAGCGUGCGCUAUUGCCGCAGUGACCUUUGCAAUCGGGAGCCGAUAGACCUUGACGACUUCAAAAGGCCCGAUCAGGAGAAUGCAUCUGAAGCAAACAGCUUCAACCGGUGCUAUUCUGGCUUCAAACUAAACACCGACCAAGACAUCCUAGACAGAGAGACGUGCGGAAGGGACCAGUCCCAGUGCUACCAUGGCACCGGCUCCAUAACAGCAGGAAACUUCACUACGUUUUUCGAAAUCAAGACCUGCCAAGGCCCAUCCUGUAACGUUCCUGAGAGCCAGUCCUUCGGCCCCAUAGAGCUGCGUCUGAGGAGCUCCUGUUGCCACGGCAUGUUAUGCAAUGGGAAGGUGGUUGCCUCUCAGGUUCAGGCUAACAGCACAACAGCACCUGCCCAGAACGCAACUAGGCCUCGUGAGGAAGAUGACCUCACUCACCCUACAGUUUCCCCAGAACACAGCAUCACGAAUGACACGAAUGACGCUUUCGCAGUGCCUGAAGAGGUCACCGUCACACCUGACUACGAAUCGGAUAGCAACACAACAGCAGGGACUCGACAGAAUCCGUUGUAUGAUUAUGAGGAAAAUGACAAUGAUACCCAAUCAUCAGUCAGCACGAAUAACACACUAAAUCCACGAGCGUCUAAUCUGGGUCCCUCAAUGCCCAGCCUUCCAUUUGACGUCUUGCUGGUAGCCCUGGGGAUUGUGAUCCUCAGGAUAUGGUGAUCCACAGUGCGGUUUGGGGGCACCUUGAACUCCUCAUGUGUUCAAGGGCAUGUUGCGGAGCAGAAAGGCAAGAAGAAGGUGGUCUCCAGAGGGCCCCCCCCCCGGCCUGCUUUAUCUGCUUCCUUGGUCUACCUUGGCAGCACAGCUUUAAACAAAUGUAGAGUUUAAUAAAGAGGUUCCUCGUAGCAACAGCUGCAUUUUAACUGGACCUUUUUCAUCCUCUUUCAUCCUUCUAGCCUGCUAUAAAUUCAGGAAAAGGCUGGUAUGUGGUUGGUCCAGGACAGUCUAGAAGACUGACCUGGAUCCAAGCCUGGUAUUGUUAUCACCGUUGUCACCGUUUCUACCCUCUAACCCUUUUGCUCAGUCCUUUUGGACACCACAGAGUUCCAAUUCUUCUGUGAUUGUAUUAUCCCCC